CUAGCAGCAUUUUAGGGUUCUUGGAUUAGGGCGGCGCGAGCGAUGGUGAGGGCGGGGUUCAAGGUCCCGGACGUGGUGGAGAAUCCCGAGGGAUGGGGGCCGCCGGAGUCAUCGACACUGCCAGCGGCGGCGGCGCAAAGCCCGCUCCUCCUGGCGCCCUUCGCCAAGAACGAGAAGCUGGGGCGCGCCGCCGAUUGGAGCCGAUCCUAUCCCUCUCGAGGUAUGCGCGCGGGCGAGAGCGUCUUUGAUUUCGUCUACGAUGAAGCCGACGAGGACACAUUCAAGCCCGUGGAUGGGAAGCCGCCGCCGCGGCGGAACUACAACAAGUGGCGGCCCAACCAGCGCCUCCUCCCUCAGCGCAAGGACGAGGAGCUCGAGGCCAAGAAGCGCGAGGCCGAGAAGGAGAAGCAGCGGCGUGACAAGCAGUACAACCAGAACCGGACGUCCCAGCGGCGCGAGGCGGCGGCGUUCCGGAGCUCGGUGGACAUCCAGCCCGAGUGGACGAUGCUGGAUCAGAUCCCCUUCACGACUUUCUCCAAGCUCAACUUCAACGUUGGCGAGCCCGAGGACCUGGCGAUGUGUGGCGCGCUCGAGUACUACGACAAGGCCUACGAUCGCGUCACGCCCAAGACCGACCGCCGCCUGGAGCGCUUCAAGAACAUGAACUUCUUCAAGGUGACAACGAGCGAUGAUCCGGUGAUCCGCCGCCUGGCCAGCGAGGACAAGGCGACGGUGUUCGCGACGGACAACAUCCUCUCCACGCUCAUGUGUGCUCCGCGCUCGGUCUACUCGUGGGACAUCGUCGUCCAGCGCGUUGGAAACAAGCUCUUCUUCGACAAGCGGGACAACUCGCAGCUGGAUCUCCUGUCCGUGAACGAGACUUGCCAGGAGCCACUGCCCGAGGCCAAGGAGGACAUCAACUCGGCGCACUCGCUCAGCGUGGAGGCGGCGUACAUCAACCAGAACUUCUCGCAGCAAGUGCUCGUCCGAGACGGCGGCAAGGUCCAGUUCCAGGAGCAGAACCCGUUCGCCGGGGACAGCGAGGUGGCGGCGAGCGUGGCGUACAGGUACCGCCGCUGGAAGCUCGACGACGAGACGUUCCUGGUGGCGCGCUGCGAGCUCCACAGCGUCAUGGAGUCGAAGAACGGCAGCGUCUUCCUCACGCUCAACGCGCUCAACGAGUUCGAUCCCAAGCUCUCGGGGGUGGACUGGAGGCAGAAGCUGGAGACGCAGCGCGGCGCGGUGCUGGCGACCGAGCUCAAGAACAACGCGAACAAGCUCGCCAAGUGGACCGCGCAGGCGCUGCUGGCGAGCGCGGACGUGAUGAAGCUGGGGUACGUGUCGAGGAUCCAUCCCCGCGAUCACUACAACCACACGGUGCUGAGCGUCCAGGGGCACAAGCCCAAGGAUUUCGCAGCGCAGAUCAAUCUCAGCACCAACAACAUGUGGGGGAUUGUCAAGUCGAUCGUGGAUGUUUGCUUGAAGCUGGCCGAAGGUAAGUAUGUUCUUGUCAAGGACCCGCAGAAGCCACAGGUGAGAUUGUACCUGGUUCCAUCGGACGCGUUUGAGAAUGACUAUGUGGAGGAGCCGCUGCCCGAGGAAGAACAGGUUCCACCGCCGCCGGCGGAGGAAGAGAGCGGCGACGCCAAGCCAAACGAAGAGAAGGAUGUGGACGCCGAUGUUUAAGAGAGAGAGUGUGUGUUCUUGUUUUUCUAAUUUCUGUUUGUAAUCUUUGCGUACACCAGACUUUGUGGUCUGGUGAAAAGUUGGUGGGGUUCUUUCUUCUCUAUCUGUCUGGGAGAGCGCAGAUAGAGCGUAUGGAUUCGUGGGUGUCUAAAAUUUUGAAUAACACAAUAUGGCGCAAGUAGACCAGCACUCUUUCGUU